CGGUCAGGGAAACUGUUAUGCAUAUCCAAACUCACAUGAUUCCGUGCUGGUGCGAGGCGCGUUCAUCGUGGGAUUUGGAUGCAUUAUCCGGGGCAAAGAAGCACAAGUGAUAAAGGAGGUAAUAAACCGAGGAAGACAAGGAGAGAAAUCCAUACUGUUAGAUCCGCGAUCAUACUCUGAUCUACGGCCACGAUCCCACGACGACGGUGCUACCGCGGAGGGCCGCGCCCGCAGCAUUCGCGAAGCCACCACCCGCCCCUACCCAACCUCCCUCUCCCAGACUCUCCCACCAAUGGCUUCCUACCUGCAAGAGAACGAGGGUUAGGGUUAGGGUUUUGGUUCUCCCCAAUGGCGUCGGAGCUGAAGGAUCUCGGCGGGUCCAACGGAUCUUUGGUCUCCCAGGAGGAGUCCCCCCGCGUCGGCGGCAGCGGGGGAUCCUCCGGCCAGGCGAAGGACGAGCGGCCGCUCCUGAAGCCCAGGUCCGCCGCCUCCGACGGCGAUGGAGCGGCCCGGCUCUCGGAGAGCAUCGAGGAACUGGAGAAGAAGUACGCACCGUACGUGCGGAAGGAUGUCUAUGGGACGAUGGGCCGCGGGGAGCUGCCGGUGGCGGAGAAGGUGCUCCUCGGGAUCGCCCUCGUGACGCUGGUCCCGAUCCGGCUCGUGGUCGGGCUCUUUCUGUUGCUGUUGUACUAUCUGAUUUGCCGGCUCUGCACGCUGUUCUACGCUCCGAACCGGGAGGACGGGCAGGAGGACUACGCCGACAUGGUCGGGUGGAGGAGGGAGGUGGUGGUCCGGACCGGAAGAUUCCUCUCCAGGGUAAUGCUGUUCGUGCUCGGCUUCUAUUGGAUUCGCGAGUCUUGUCGGAGUUUCUCCGUGGAGGAUGAGCACACAGAACAGUCUAGUGAAUCUGAAAGACCGGGGGCGAUUGUGUCUAAUCACAUAUCUUAUGUGGAUAUUCUCUAUCAUAUGUCGUCACACUUCCCAAGUUUUGUUGCAAAGAGAUCAGUGGCUAGGCUUCCCCUUGUUGGUAUCAUCAGCAAGUGCCUUGGUUGUGUCUAUGUUCAACGUGAGUCUAAAUCUUGUGAGUUUAAGGGUGUUUCAGGUCUUCUGACAGAAAGAAUUAAAAAGUCCCAUCAAAACAAGCUUUACCCUAUGAUGUUGCUCUUUCCAGAAGGUACAACCACAAAUGGAGAUUACCUUCUUCCGUUCAAAACAGGUGCCUUUCUAGCUAAAGAACCAGUGCUUCCAGUGAUUUUAAAAUAUCCUUACAAUAGAUUCAGUCCAGCAUGGGAUACCAUAUCAGGGGCACGUCAUGUGUUUCUGCUUCUUUGUCAAUUCGUUAAUUAUAUGGAGGUGAUCCGGUUGCCUGUAUAUUAUCCUUCUGAGCAAGAAAAGGAGGACCCUAAACUUUAUGCUAGUAAUGUUCGGAAGUUAAUGGCUACUGAGGGCAAGUUAAUACUCUCGGAUAUUGGACUAUCUGAGAAGCGAGUCUACCAUGCUGCCCUGAAUGGUAAUAGUCUACCUCGUGUUUUACAUCAGAAAGAUGAUUGAAAAACUAUUGACUUCGCUCACAGGAUUCGUAUAGUCAGACGAGUUGCUUGUUUCCAUGCAUUAUAACUGUAGCCAGAAGUUCUAGUUUUCCCCGUUUUAUUUGUGAGAGAUGGGUACUGUGCACUUUGUUAUGCUGUAAAAUCCCAUGUAUUUGGUUUUGCCCGCAUAUUGUUUGUCUGAAGGAGGACGGCCUGUCAAUGCCAUGGGUUCUUGAACAUGCAAAAUGGUUUAAGAUUUCAGUCUUGUACAGUUUUGGGGACUAAUAAAUUAAUGAAUCGCUUUUGAUGUGUAAUAUUUAUGAACCA